UAAAGUAACAUCUUUUUGGCUUAACUUUGACAGGUAGCUAUCUUUGGCAGUGCGUGCAGGCUGCUUUUUCGUGCUGUUUUCACGGACGUCUAUAAACAGAUUUUUCGUGAUUUACUAAAGCAAAGGAUUUUUUUAGAGGGAAUUUUAUCGUUAUUGACGCUUGCAUCUUUUGCGAAAGAGCAUCUGUAGGUGUGCCCUCCCUCCUGCAGGCCCCCCCCCACCCGGCGAACAUGCUCAUGUAUGACUACUCCGUGAUCGGUGGCGGCGCUAUGGACUCGCUGAUGUUCCAGUCAUUUCCGAUGAUCCCCCCGAACAAGGUCUCCCCCCUGCAAACCAAGCACAUCCCUGCUGACUUCUACCCCAACUUCAGGGGCAAUGUGACCCCCCCCGGCAGCCCUGACCCGCAGCUGGACCCCUUGGACCUCUCGGUGGGACAGAGGAGCCUCUCUGCCAGCCCCCACACCCCCAUCUAUGCUGCUCCCAGCCUGCCGUCUCCCCCCAUGCCAGAUGCUGGGCUCCGCCCAUGGUCCCACUAUCCCAGCAUGCCCCUCUGCUACCCCACGGUCCUCACCCAGCUGCUGCCGGGCAUCCCCCCCUCCAUGAUCCCGCUGCUGUCCAACAUCGUGAUGCCAGUCCCGGUCUCUCCCGAGAUGAACGGCAUCAUGCCCCACAAGCCAGUAGAGCGUGACCCGUACUCGCCGCCUAGUCACCCCCAAGGACUACAGACAAAGUCCCUGAGACCGGAGCCGGCCAAUGAGAAGCCUCAGAAGCCCUGUGAAGACACCAUGUGCUCUGAGAUCAUGGCGGCCUCAGCCAUCGACAACAAGAAUCUCCCCAGGGUGCACAGUCCCUUCCCGUUCACUCGUAGCACCAAGACUCCCACAAUCCACGAGGAAACCCCCGGAAGGAAGAAACGUCACCACUGCGACUACGAGGGCUGCGGCAAGGUCUACACCAAGAGCUCUCACCUGAAGGCGCACCGGCGGACGCACACCGGUGAGAAACCCUACCACUGCAUGUGGGAAGGCUGCAUCUGGAAGUUUGCCCGUUCGGACGAGCUGACCCGGCACAUGCGGAAGCACACCGGCGACAAGCCCUUCCAGUGCCCCGACUGCGAGCGCAGCUUCUCCCGCUCCGACCACCUGGCGCUGCACAAGAAGCGCCACCUGCUGGUGUGAGCCCACCACUGCGGGCCCCGCCUCGAAUUUCGCCAGCGAGCGUGAGCGCUGCAUCCGCUCUGAAUGAACAGAACAAAUGCGCCGAUGCAGCGCGCAACACUCCCGCAGUGACGUGGGCCUGGAAUAGCUGCAGAGCUUGGCUGGUAGUCUGGUCCUAUUCUGGUAUCAGCUGACAUACACAACAACCUGAAAGUUAUAGGUUUGAGUCCUAGAAGGAGGCCUGCUAUAGUGCCUUUUCAGUUAGGUACUGAACCUCUUCUGCCCUGGUAAACAUGGCACUGCCAAGAUACCGUACUGGACCAACACUUAGGAGAAAAAAAUAUUUGCUGCACUUGCACGGUAUUUACCAUUUGUAAUCUUAGACCCAUAAAAUGUGAAUUAUUUUUUUUACCAUUGUAUGUAAAUGUGUUUUUCUUUCAGGGUUUUUUCAACAUGGUUUAGUAAAUAGUUUUUCAUAUUAUUAACAUUUUCUGGGCCAUUCAUUUUUCCUGCUGCUUAAACCACAUGGGUUUAGUAUAAAUACACGCUCGUGGGAGUUUUACUUACACAACAGAAAUGUUCUAAGAACAGAACGAAAAAUGAUUGGUUCAGAGAGAUAACCAAUCAAAUUGUAAACAUCUUAUUCGUAGGUCCCGCCUACUCUAGUUGCUUGGACCCACCUCCUCUACAAUCUGAUUGGUUAUCUCUUUGAACCAAUCGUUUUUCCUUCUGCCUUCAGAACAUUUUUCUGUAAGUACAACUCCCACUUGCUAAAUACAUGGCAAGGGAAUACUUGUCAGUUUUAUCACACAACCUCAUAAUCUGACAUGCCCACUAAUCCGUCUUACUGGUCUUAAGCAUGUUUACAAACUCUCACACAUUUAUGUGCUUUCUUUUCCCAUUUACGCUCACUGGGAGCUCUGGCGGAAGAGCCACACAGAGUGAGUGCACAUGUCCGUUAUACGUCAAAUGCGAUGACGGGGACACAGUUGGCAGUUAAGUGCAAUUAAGUGGCUCAAAAUUAAUUUGAACAAAAUUCCUCUGUGAUUCUUUAACAAACAUACUUUAAUAACAAUAUAAGUGCAGCAGAAGAUCUGUGACCAAUUUAUGAAUUUGAUAACUAGUUGAUUAUGUGCCAGUGAAGAGUGUUAGAAUCUGAGAUUCUGCAAUUGGUGAAAGAUGAAUAUUAAAGAUAUGGUUGAACCAGUACUUAGUCCGUCAGUAAAUCCUAGACCAUUAGUCCGGACCUGAACCGAAAGUUAUACACUAUGUAGAAUAUGUUUCCCAUUGACUAGGCUGUUAUCAUGUCCCAAUGAUGCUUGCUCAUUGUAUUUUUGAGUGACCUGUAUGAUUGUCAGUGACCAUCAUGGUAAUUUUUAGCCAAAGCUCUCAUGAUUAAACGUCUCCUUUAAGCCAGGUUGAGGGAUAUUUUGCAUUUGGCAGCAAAAUUUUGCAGUCUAAAUUUGCAUUUAAUUGACAGGCCUGCAAUAAAUAUAUUGUUCUUAAUAGUGUUUCUUUGAAUAUACACAAAUGUGUCUUAGCAACAAACAAAACACUGGAUGUAAACUGUGACAUGAUGAUGCAGGGUAAGUGGGAUCUGGGUUUGGGGGUUCCACGUCUCCACGUACCGGUAGACCAAGGAUGGACGGCUUUGACCUGCAGCUGGGCAUUGUUAUCCUAAAAGAGGUCAUGGUUUGACUGACGGGGCGGCGACGUGGCUUCGCCCCACGCGUCCUGUCAAGCGUCGUGGUUGCUGCUUGUUCUUAAACUCAAAUCUGCUGACCAUAAAUCUGACUUUGCACUUUACGCUGCAUUUUAUGCAAAGUUGCAAUGUUGAAGCAUUUUAUCCAGAAGCAUCUGUAUCUGGAAGUAUCUGGUAGGUUCUGAUUGGUUCUAGAAGUUCUGUAGAAAUACCACGGUUUUCUGUAGCUCCCAGCACUGUCGGAUCAGUCUGAAUGGUAUAUUUUUCAGUUACUAAAACACAUACUGCAAGGUUUUUUUUUUAUCUAAUGACUUGACUGAAAGGGUCAUUGUUGGUAUUUUAAUGCAUUAUUUUACAUAUUUUAUAUCACAAAUAUUAGGCAAGUAUAUUAACUUCGUAUUGAAUUCUCUGAAUUAUAUUUCCAGUUGACUCAUUGGUUGACAGUGUAACAGUAAUGACAUGUUGUCAUCUCAAACUGUGAAUUUAAACACGCAAUGUAUGGCACUUCCGGAAUACUGUAUUAUGCAAAUAUGGUAAUAAAAACCUCUUCAAAACGAAA